AUGUCCUACAAUUGCUGCUCUGGAAACUUCUCCUCCCACUCCCUUGGGGGCUACCAGUGCUAGCCAGGCUUCUCCCGUGGUUCCUUUUACGCCAGCAACCUGGUCUACAGCAGACCUCUACUCUCCCAACACCUGCCAGCUGAACUCCUCUCUCUACAGUUAGGAGAACUGCUGUGA